CUUACAUAGAAGGCCAGUAUCACAUUCCCUUUUCUUCAUUCAUCGACACAAGCAUAGAGUUUUCAUUAGUUCAGCAUGGCACAUACAUUGACAGAUGAUCAAGUUGUUCGAGAAGUGUUUUGCUUGAUCGAUAAAGAUUCAGAUGGCUUCAUUAGCAUGGAAGAGCUGGCAUCAGUGAUCCAGACAUUAGAUGAUGCAAACCCUAUAAAAGAAGAUCAAAACAUGAUGAUGAUGAUGAUGGUGAUUAACGAGGCUGAUGAUAUUGAAAGAAAAGGGAAGAUUGACUUUGAAGAUUUCGUGAAUAUUAUGGCUAGAAAAAUGCAGGAAAAUGUGGUGGAUGAACUAAAAGAAGCUUUCAAAGUAUUCGACCUGGAUCAAGAUGGAUUUAUAUCAGCAAAUGAGUUAAGACAAGUAAUGAUGAACAUGGGAGAAAAGCUGACAAUGGAAGAAGCAGAACAGAUGAUCAGAGAAGCCGACUUAGAUGGUGAUGGAGUUGUGAGCUUUGAUGAGUUUGCAAGGAUGAUGAUGGUGGCCUUAUGAAACUCUUUCAUGGAUUUGCUUUCUUUGUCGGAUAUGUCCCCUUCAUAGCCACCUAUUAUCAGACUGCAAAUAACUGUAACCCUUAGAUAGAUGGUGAUACAUAAUAAAAAGAUGUUGUAUAUACUUCGUUUACCAAAAAAGAAAAUAAAAAUAAAACCGCGGCUCAUCGCGCGAGUAGUACCAUUUUCUUGUUUA